GAUACCACAACGGUUGUCGUCUCCGUAGGCGACGUUAACGAUAACGCUCCUGUUUUUCCGACGCCGUCGUUCACAUGGAAUGUCACUGAAGGUUCAGUUAAUCUUAUCGGUUUUUACAACCCAUAUAUAAGCGGUACUUCAGGUCUAACUAACUCAUCACUCGACGUCACUGCUACGGACAGCGACACUGGUGCCAACGGGGAAUUAGAAUACCGUAUUGUGCACGGGAAUAUUGGUGGCUAUUUUACCAUUGAUAUGACGCCUGACAAUCGGAAUAGACAUGCAUAUGAACGAAAAAGCACAAAAUCUAUAGAGCAGAACAUCUCUAUAUACACAAAGAGCAAACAACCAUCACAGAGUAAUUACGCUGCUCGAUCACUUAUAGAAUUCGAAGGGAAUCCUGCCGGUCCCAUGGCACGAGCCACACAAGCC